UUUUAACUCCGUGUGUGCCGGUCAGGAAGGGGGAGGAGGAUCAGGCGCUGAGUACUUUCAAUGCACAGAGUGGAUUGUAUUUCCCACCUAUUCCCUCUUUAGGCGUUUUAACUUCAGGGCUCCAACAGCGACAGAUUCAGACGAGUUGCAGCAGCAGCAGCAUGGACACUGAUCUUUAACUCUGACCUCAGCUCGAACGAGGACGUUUAUUCGGACUGAUCUUUGGAGCCCCCGCCCCAAUCGUUUGCUGCUGACGCCGAGACUGAUCAGGAAGGAGAAGGGAGAGCAGGCGCCGCCGACUGACACCCGAUAUCUACAGGACGGCUCGCUAUUUGUCGAUCAAUCGGUUCUGAUCGGAUUCUAAAUCUACUGGGGUUGCCAGAAGGGUCUCUCUUGGAUUACAAAGGUUUUAGCUGGAAACGACUGCCCUUGGGAAGGAAGUAAAAAAAGUUUCAGCGCCAAGAUGCCCAUCCGCAAGCAAUCUGGUUCGAAGAAGAAACCCCGCAUUGAUAGAGACAUGAUUAGUGCCCCACUGGGGGAUUUUAGGCACACCAUGCACGUCGGCAGAGGGGGAGAUGUCUUUGGUGAUACAUCCUUCCUGAGCAAUCAUGGGCCUUCCUCUGCCUCGCAAGUAGAAGCCCAAGCCCCCAAAAAGAACGGUCUUAUGACACAUGGUUCUGGAGAUCACGAGGAAAGUAAAAUGGCAGACUCUCUUAGUCAGAUUUCACAGUCCUCAGGAAUAGGGUCUGGUGCAGGAAGUGUCUCCUCCAGUCCAAUAAACAACGUAUCAUCUAAAGAGGAUAAUUUGUGGAACAGCAGCAGCGUAGGGCAGAGAGAUCAACUCGACUGGGCCUCCCCUGGAAAUAACUUUGGGAUGAAGCAUGCAGAAUCUAUGUUGUCUUUCCAUCUUGACUUGGGACCUUCCAUCAUGGAUGAAGUAUUGGGUGUAAUGAACAAAGAUAUUUCUUCCAGUGACUGGAAUAGCACAGAAGACCAAUUUGAUUUUGGGUACAAAUGCUCCUCAACUGGCACAGCAGAUAAAGAAAAACCUAUACAAGCUUCCUUGGUAGAAACAAAAGGAGUCCACUGUAACCUGUCAAAAGUCAACCUCAACGUAUGCCACAACUCCAUCCCUACCUCUGAAAACCGGGAGGGUAACCAAACCGCUUAUGAGGGUGACAGCGAAGAAGAAAAACGCUCUAUUUAUGAAGGUAUUGCAGAUGAUCCAGAGUCACAUGACGGCCAACUGCACAGAAGCCACCAAGUACAAGUAGAAGAAGACGAUGAUGACGAUGAAGAUGCGGGGCAGGGAUACACAUUUGAUGAAGAUCUUGAUGAUGAAAUUGGGGUAUAGGAGUUAAAACUGGAUAGGUGAACUAUUAUCUACUGCGCUUACAAAUUUGUUGGAGAACAGUGAUCAACCAAAGGUCAAUCAUUGUAAAUGGGAUUUUAAAUAAAACUGUUAAAUAGAACUCUAUAAGGAAAAGCAACUUAACAAUGACCUUUAUUUCCGUUUUACAGAACCUUGUACAUAGCCCUAUAUAUCUGGCUUUGGUUAAAAAUAACUUGGAUAUUGAUUGCUGGAAUCAUCUAUUUACAUUCAUGCACACUACAAUUAUGUUUUCAUUCAAUGAAUUCUGUUUGGGACACUUGAGAAAAAGCUAUAUGGGAAAACAUAUCAACUCUAAGGACAUUUUAAAUAGGGGUUGCUGAUUUUUGUACUUCAAAUGAAAUCAGAAAGGCACAGUAAAUCAGAAAUGGGAUCAAUUUAGGCACAUAUAUCUUUUGUUUUUCACAUUAGAGGGAGUAUCAACCCUUUUGGCCAUAUUCCUUGAACUUGGCAUAGAGAAGGGCUGGGUCCACAAGCAACGUUAAGAAGUUAAGAGAAGGCCUUCUCUUGAUGGGUUUAGAGUACAUGCACUCUUGCCCAAGAUAGGGAUUAUUAUGCCUUAAAGGGAUACUGUCAUGGAAAAAAAAUUUUUCAAAAUGAA